UGAAUACUCCUGAAAAGUUGCUUUUUCUUCCUGUGCUUCUAUAUACAUCUACUUUCUAGUCUGUGCACUCGUAAUAGCAAAAUAUCUCUGUCAUCUCAUCUCUGUCACUCUGACUCCCCUUUUCCUGUUUUUAAGGUCUCUUUCGCCGUUUUUCUGAUUCCGCCGCGCCCCUGCAGAAACGUUAUAUCCCUAUCUGUGUGACUAUACAUAUAAAAUUAAACUGCAUUAAAGUGGCCUUUUGAAUUGGUUGUUGCUGCAAUUAGUGUCUGUCAAUUCUUGAAAUGGAGCAGCAGUCAUGGGAACUUGGUCUUUUAUCUCUCUUUCCUCUGCUUUGCUAGUGGGUUUGCUCUGUUUUUUAGUAGUAGUGUAAAUUGAGUUGUAUUGUAGUGCGCUGUUUUUGUGUGUUCAUUUUGUGGACAUAUAACAAGAAGAGUAUUUCAGAGGAGGAGUCUCUUUUUAAUCUUCUUUAACAAGAGAUUUGAGUUCAAGAAAGAGACGUCUCAAAACAAGAUUUUCCGGAAUUUAGACCUUUUGGUUUCAAAUCAAAAUGUAUCCUCAAAAGCAAGCAGAAGAAGCUAUUGUCUCAAACUUCAAUAAAACUGAUCAUGAUGGGGAAGUUGAGAAAUUAGGAGAAGAUGAUCAGUCCAUUUUCAGUGUCAAAAGUCUCCUCUGGCAUGGUGGAUCUGUUUGGGAUGCUUGGUUCAGUUGUGCUUCUAAUCAAGUUGCUCAAGUGCUCUUGACACUGCCUUAUUCAUUUUCUCAACUUGGUAUGGUAUCUGGCAUAGUGCUUCAAGUGUUCUAUGGUCUCGUUGGGAGUUGGACUGCAUACCUUAUCAGUGUUCUCUACAUAGAGUAUAGAAGUAGAAAAGAGAAAGAAGGUGUUAGCUUCAAGAAUCAUGUCAUUCAGUGGUUCGAAGUGCUUGAUGGACUGUUGGGUCCUUACUGGAAAGCAGCUGGGCUAGCCUUCAACUGUACGUUCCUUCUGUUUGGAUCUGUCAUACAACUUAUUGCUUGCGCAAG